AAAAAGCACUUCUGCAAUUUUCUCUUGUUACAAAAAUGGCCUAUUUGGGAGUUUCGAGAAAAUGCUAUUAAAUACAGCUGUUUAAAGAGGCUCUAAUAUUUAUAUAAUAAGAAGUGCACGUUGAGUAAUUUUGGCUUUUUAAGUACGUUCAUGUUACGGUACUAGAAACUCCCGUGCGAACCAUACUUUUAUCAAAAACAUGGCCCCGAUUAUCCCUCUUCCAUAACACAUGAUCCCCUCAGUAUUUAAAAGGCGCAAGCUAAACCUAAACCUUCGCCAUCCGCAAAAAGCUACCACCUUUUCCUCUCUCCCUCUCCUCCACACCCAACAAUCCCAUUCCUACCUCCUCAAAUCCGGAACCCUCCCUUUCCAAAGUUCCCAACUCGUUCAAUCCUACUGCAAUUCCGGCGCAUUCGCACUUGCCAACCAACUGUUUGAUGAAAUACCCAACUGGGACUUGAUCUCCGCAACCGCCAUUAUCACCACCUUCGCCCACCACAAUCGCCAUAGCGAUGCCGUUUCCCUUUUCUCUCGCACUCUUUCUAGUAAUCUUAAGCCCAAUGAAUUCACCUUCGGCACGACAAUGCACUCCGCCACCGGUCUCCGAGAUCCCAACAUCGGGAGGCAGAUCCACUCGGGUGUUAUUAAACUGGGUUUCCAUUCUAAUGUCUUUGUCGCAAGUUCUCUUGUCGAUCACUAUGCCAAACUGGGGACAAUUCAAGAAGCCCAACUUGCAUUUUAUGACACUACGGAACCGAAUGUUGUUACUUACACCGCAUUGAUCAGUGGGUAUUUGAAGAAUGAGAAGUUCGACGAAGCACUUGUUCUCUUUCGGGACAUGCCAGAGAGAAAUGUGGUCUCGUGGAAUGCGACAAUUGGUGGGUGCAGCCAAGUGGGUCUCAAUGAAGACUCCGUGAAUCUCUUUGUAGAAAUGUGUAGAGAAGGUGUUCUGCCUAAUAAAUCUACGUUCCCAUGUGUUUUCACCGCAGCUGCCAAUAUAGCGGCUCUUGGCAUGGGCAAAAGCCUUCACGCUUCCGCCAUUAAAUUCUUGGGUAAUAAGCUCGAUGUUUAUGUGGGCAAUUCUCUUAUUAGCUUCUACGCAAAAUGUGGUAGUUUGGAGGACAGUGUCUUAGCAUUCAACAAGCAUAAUGGAAAGAACAUUGUUUCAUGGAACGCGGUGGUUUGUGGCUUUGCGCAGAACGGGAGAGGAGAGGAGGCAUUGGAAUUUUACAGAAAGAUGAGGGAUUUGGGUUUGAAGCCCAAUGGAGUCACACUUCUUGGUCUACUGUUCGGGUGCAACCAUUCGGGUUUGGUGGAUGAUGGCUACGCCUUCUUUAAAUUGGCUAAGAUUGAACAACCGGAGAUUUUAAGAGCAGAACAUUAUGCAUGUAUAGUUGAUCUCCUUUCUCGUGCUGGGCGGUUUAAUGAGGCUCGGAAGUUUCUUCAGGAUCUACCUUUCGAACCAGGAAUUGGGUUUUGGAAAUCGUUAAUUGGCGGCUCUCAGAUACAUGGGAAGAAAGAACUAGCUGAGGCUGUUGCCCAUUGUAUCCAAAUAUUGGAUCCUAAGGACAUAUCGUCGUAUGUUCUUCUAUCUAAUAUAUACUCAGCUGCAGGCAGCUGGGAUAAUGUGUCUAUAGUAAGAAGGGAAAUAAAGGAGAAGGGAAUGAAGAGGAUUCCUGGUUGCAGCUGGAUAGAGAUUCAAAACAAGGUCCAUGUAUUCUUUAGUGCAGAUUGCAGUCACCCUCAAAGUGAUGAGAUUUAUACCACACUGGAAGCUUGUCUACAUUAUCAAAAGGAGGAUACUUACAAUCUUGAAUACUUGGCAUUUUGAAAUGUGCUACAGUACUUGAAGAUAAAUUUCUUCACAUUUCAUGCAUCUGCUUUGUAUUACCAUUCAGAAUUAACAUAUUUGACCAUCAGCUCUUAUUGGUAUCUUUCUGCCAAUGAACUUGAUAUAGGCUUGGGUGAAUCUUUAGCUGGUAAUGAUGCUUCGUCGGUAGCAACAUAUUCAUUUGUACUGUUUGUAGAUCAAAUGUUUCCCCAGUCAUGUAAAGAAUUUUUUUCUUUCUCUCUCUUUUGAGGGGUGGGGCGAGAAGAGGGGAAGAGUGGAAAUUGGAAAUAGUAUGUUUCUUGUUAUGUGGCUGUCAUUUGCAACGGUAUGGAUAUGUCGUUUGCAAUGGUAUGGAUGUGCAAAAUAUUAAUUUGACGUACUUGCAUUAGAGAGAUUAAAUCUCAAGUUGAUUGAU